AUGUUCAUUCUCAUCCUUCUUCUCUUCUUCUUCACCAUCUUUGCCUUCGUUAUCACCAACAAAGUCGCUGGAAAAGUUCUCUUAAACAGAGGAUAUAAAGAGUAUAGACUCGGUGAUUACUCCAACUGGCUACAGAAUCGCGUCAAGAACAACAAAGAUUGGAACAGAAUCAGAAAUUGUUUAGUCGACAGCAAGGUGUGUGCCGAAUUCAACCAAAAAAUCGCUUCUGAAACCAUUGCGCAAUGCUACCAAGAACAGUUAUCUUCAAUUCAGUUUGGGUGUUGCAAACCGGAAGAUGAGUGUAAUUUCACGUACAAGGCAUUGACUCAGUGGGAAAAAUCGGCGAAUGUUUCAAGUUUUUCGAAUCCGAAUUGUGGUUUGUGGGAUAAUAGACUUGAAAAGCUGUGCUUCGAUUGUGAAUCCUGCAAAGGUGGAGUGUUGGAUAAUUUGAAAAGGAACCGGAAGGCUGGGAUUCAAGAGGGAAAGGAUGCGAUUGUGGAAGAGGGUGGAAUUGCUGCGCUUGUAGAAGCAAUUGAAGAUGGGUCGGUGAAAGGGAAAGAAUUUGCAGUGUUGACACUCUUGCAAUUGUGUGUUGAGAGUGUGAGAAAUCGAGGGUUGCUCGUUAACGAAGGUGGAAUUUCCCCUUUAGUUGCACUUUCUCAGACUGGAAGCGUUCGAGCAAAGCAUAAGGUAGAAACGCUUCUGGGGUAUCUAAGAUAA